GCAAGGGAUGACCUCGCCAACUCAAGACGACGACAACUCCAACAUGCAGCGUGCUGGCGCAAGGAAGGAGAAGGUGGAGGAGGAGGAGGAGGAGGAGGAGGAGGAGCGUCGCAGCGAAGAGGAUGUGGUUGGACACGUGAAAGCGCUGCUCCAGCGCUGCGACCUGCCAGGCGUGACCGCGCUGUUGAAUGAAACUAUUCAGUUUGCAUUUGGAACAGACGAGGUGACACAGGACACGGCACUGCACCUCAAUGGGCAUAUUUCUUCUUCACAACAAGCACAGCUGGAGAGCAUAGCACACGGCGUCAUGGAAUUGGGGAUGAACGUGCUGCCGAUGAUCAGUAUCGGGGCUGCGCCAGGCGACCUUUGCCCUCAUGCCGAGGUGACCGAUCUGGCCAACGGCAAUCAACUUACACUGGACGCUGUCAUCGGCUCCAAGGUUGCGCUAUUGGAUGUCUGGGCCACUUGGUGCGAGCCAAGCCUCGAGGCAUUGGGGGAGUACGACAAGCUGUUGAGUGAGCACGAGAGCUGGGAAGACAGCGUGUGCAUCGCAACUGCGAGUUUGGACGACACACCGUCGGAGGCGACCGCCACCAUUGCAAAGAUGGCAUGCGAGCGACCGCGACAUCUCUGGCUCGGCCGCGAAGCGUGCGACACCUACCUCAGCCUCAGCUCGCUGCCUGCAUGGUUUCUUUUCAAGGAGGGUCGCAUUGUGUGGCGUGGGCACCCGGCCAGCAUCGACCUGGACGCGUCCAUCACAUCGCUCCUCUCUGGCGGAGACGUGGUGGAGGUGGAGAGCGAUGAAGCGCGCAUUGGCGACGUCGAAGGACUGCCAAAUGUGGAGAAUCUGUCCGAUGAGGACAUGCUCGAGUUCUGCCAGGCCCUGCAGGAAAAAACGGCCGCGCUGUCGCUGCCAGAGGACAGCGUCUCCUGCUGCGUUGAAAACUCCAUCGUCAUCUCCUCAACAGACACGAAGAAGACGCGACGCGUCAUCCUGACGGGACCAAAGCAGUUUGAGCCUGCGUGCGCUGACCUGGCCACCUUCAUUCGCAGCAAGAUUGCAGGCAACGUCCUCAUCUCCUUUGCAGACUAGUGCCAUGCAUGUGUGUGUGUGUGUGCGUUGAAGUCUGAUGACAGUGCCAAUGCGCAUGUGGGUGUUGAUUGACACAUGACGGACAUGGUGAGAGGCAAAACGAACAACGCAACACAAACGACGCAAAGCAGCAACAAGGAG